AUGCUUCAUACCCAUGAGAAAUACAUUUUCGGUAGAAGUCCAAAGGAAUCAGAAAGCAUCUGGCUCAGAGACGUCACGCAAGAGUUAGAGACGUCAACUCGAGUCCAGCGUUAUUACCAUGGUUUCGAUAUCUCGUCCGCUCAAUUCCCCACAGAUUCGAGCCACAUCCAAUUCUCCGUUCACGAUAUCACCAAGCCUUUUCCGAAAGAACACUGGAACCGGUAUGAUCUGGUCCAUGUGCGACUAUUAGUGGCUGCUAUCGACGAAUCCGACUACCAGGCCGCCAUAGCCAACGUGCAUUCUAUUCUGAAGCCAGGAGGAUAUCUUGAAUGGGAAGAAAUCGACGAAGAAACUUACAUAUCAAACAACAACCCCGUCAUCUGGGAGAUCCGAAGAUGUUUCGAUUCGUCGCUCACAGCCGAGGGCAAAUGCUUCCGAGCAUCUGCCAAGGUUGGCGAUGAAUGCAUCGCAGCUGGUUUCCAGGACGUGGUCAGGCUAGCCUAUAGCUCUGACGACAAUAGUAGCCUCCGUGUUGACACGGAACAAAGACUUGCAGCCAUUAUUGAAACCCUUUAUGCAAGUCUGCUAUUGCGAUCUGGACAGGUUGCCGAUGAAGUGGCGGCGUCGACACGGGCUCGGGAGUUGAUUGACGAGCAUCGUCGACUCUGUGAGAAAGGAAAUUCCCCACCGUUGAGAUUGAUGAGAGUUGUUGGCCGGAAGCCAUUGCGUGGUUCACGUCUCUAA